CAGGCCGUCUGUAGCGGACUGGGCGGCGGAAGUUUGACGGCGCCAGGCGAGUGGCUGCGGCAGCGGCGCCGGAGACCCAGCAGUUCUCCCCUAGUACCUGCAGCGGUGCCGGAGGCCAGGCGAGCCUGGGUGUUAGAUCCCGGACAGCAGGAGAAACGCCUCUGACACACAGAUAUGGACUUGGAGGCCAAAGUAAAGAAGAUGGGCUUAGGACAUGAGCAAGGAUUUGGAGCCCCCUGUUUAAAAUGCAAAGGAAAAUGUGAGGGGUUUGAACUGCACUUCUGGAGAAAAAUAUGUCGUAACUGCAAGUGUGGCCAAGAAGAGCAUGAUGUCCUCUUGAGCAAUGAAGAGGAUCGAAAAGUGGGGAAACUUUUUGAAGACACCAAGUAUACCACCCUGAUUGCAAAGCUAAAAUCAGAUGGAAUUCCCAUGUAUAAACGCAAUGUUAUGAUACUGACCAAUCCAGUUGCUGCCAAGAAGAAUGUCUCCAUCAACACAGUUACCUAUGAAUGGGCUCCUCCUGUCCAGAAUCAGGCAUUGGCCAGGCAGUACAUGCAGAUGCUGCCCAAAGAGAAGCAGCCAGUGGCAGGCUCAGAGGGGGCGCAGUACCGGAAGAAGCAGUUGGCAAAGCAACUCCCUGCUCAUGACCAGGACCCUUCAAAGUGCCAUGAGUUGUCUCCCAAAGAGGUGAAGGAGAUGGAGCAGUUUGUGAAGAAAUAUAAGAGCGAGGCUCUGGGAGUAGGAGAUGUCAAACUACCCUGUGACAUGAACGCUCAAGGGCCCAAUAAAACAUACAUUCCUGGAGGGGAUAGAAGCACCACGACAGCGGUAGGGGCCAUGGAGGACAAAUCAGCUGAACACAAAAGAACUCAGUAUUCCUGCUACUGCUGCAAACUGAGUAUGAAGGAAGGAGACCCAGCCAUCUAUGCUGAAAGGGCCGGCUACGAUAAACUGUGGCACCCAGCUUGUUUCGUCUGCAGUACGUGCCAUGAACUCCUGGUCGACAUGAUUUAUUUCUGGAAGAAUGGCAAGCUGUACUGUGGCAGACAUUACUGUGACAGUGAGAAACCCCGGUGUGCUGGCUGUGAUGAGCUAAUAUUCAGCAAUGAGUAUACCCAGGCAGAAAACCAGAACUGGCAUCUGAAACACUUCUGCUGCUUUGACUGUGACAACAUCCUAGCUGGGGAAAUAUACGUGAUGGUCAAUGACAAGCCCGUGUGCAAGCCCUGCUAUGUGAAGAACCACGCUGUGGUAUGUCAAGGAUGCCACAAUGCCAUUGAUCCCGAAGUGCAGCGGGUGACCUAUAACAACUUCAGCUGGCACGCAUCCACAGAGUGCUUUCUGUGCUCCUGCUGCAGCAAGUGUCUCAUUGGGCAGAAAUUCAUGCCAGUAGAAGGGAUGGUUUUCUGUUCAGUGGAGUGUAAGAAGAUGAUGUCUUAAGAGGAGGGUACCAAGCAAUAUUGAGCCAUAGCUAACCAGAGUGGUCUGCAUUUCUACUGUAAAAUGCAAUUUAGAAAAACUAAAGGAAAAAAAGAUACUAUAAAGGAAACCAGGAGAUUUUGUUCAGUAUCUUUCUUUGAUGUUUUUCCUUAUCAAAUUUUUCAUAUCAAUUUUUAAAACCUGCUUUAAGCAUUUGAUUUUAAAAAUGGUAAAGAGUUUUAUCUUUUCUUGGCUUUCCAGAUGUAAAAUCUUUUGAAUUGGAAGCUUGGGUUUAAUCAUUCUUCAUAUUCCUGCCCCCUUUGUGCCAAACACAGUAUAUAUGAAACAUUUGAAAGUUAGUAUUUGAAUGGAAAGAUGAGCAUUUCAUGUUCUAUAUUCUUUUUCACUUCUUGUAUAAAAUGAAAAGGAAAUUAAACUUGCCCUAAUGCCAAGGUUCUACGUUUAUUGCCUCAUCAUAUUCACUGAAUUUUGUAGCGAUACACAAUGAAUUCUUUUGACAGAGAAAAUAGAAAUGCAGCAUAGUAUGAAGAGCCGUUAUCAUUUUAAUGCCUAUGCAUUUGCUAUUUCCUAACUUAGGCAGAGGUGGCUUUAUCGCAUAUCUCUAUUUUUUUAUUUGCUCUGCCUCUCAGUAUUCUCUUUGUAAGCUGAUGACCUCCAUCUGUGGCCUUGAAUAUUUUAUUGUCACAUGUGGCAUCCACACUUUUUAAUUCUAUAGAUGAUUUUUGGCUUGGACGUAAAAGCCAAGCCACUCCUUUAUAUUAUGCUUUCAAUCCAAAGAACAUGCAUACUUUUUGUAUCCAAGAAACUAUAACUUGUAUUGUUUGCACUUGCCUGCUGUGGUUUGGAUAGACUUUUUGCAUGGUUUUCUUUCUUUUCUAAUGGAUACUGUCCUAUGAUGCCUUUUCAUGGGUAUAUAUCAAAUGCCUUCUUUGCCUGUAUACUUCCAUCCUUAGAUAUUUCUAAUGUUAAUUCUGCCUUAUCUACUUCCAUACAUAGCUAUGCACUAUGAAAAUUAAAUGGAAUGAAUGAUAUGUAUAUUAUUAUUCAAAAUAAAGUCUCUUUCACUUUA